AUGGAAAUCAUCGAUCCUCGUUUCUCAUAUCAAGAUUUUCUAGAACUCGCCUACGCACGACGAAAAGACAGGGGAGAAGAAGAAGCCCCCUUCAUCGACAUUCUCAAAGACGUCUUCGAGGACACCACACAACCCGACGAGGCAGCAAAUCAACUUUCCUCUUUUGUGUUUUCACACGAUGAUUUUCUGUCUAUAUACUCUGAGGUUUUGUCGACGAUUGUGGAUGCAGCACACCAACUCUCUGAAGAAGACGAUCUCCACAAACUCGCCAAUCUUGUGCUAGAACUCUCGCGGUUGGAAUAUGUGCGAAACAACAGUGCAGACACGCUUCAUCUAUCCUUCAAGGGCAAAGACUACGCGAUAGCACCGGGUCAAGUCAUCGAAGUCGACCAUGGCAAAAUCUGGUCUGACUUACCUCACUUCACGACUUGUUUCGGUCAAGAUAUGCAAGGUACACUGUGCUCUGAUCUCCACACUCAUCUCCAUUGA